AUCGCCCCAUACCUUCUUUCUUCCUCAAGCUUGAGCAGUCGCUCAGCACAUCAUUUCACACUCUCUCUAGGAGUUCGAAACCGCGAAGACAAAAGCCAUGACGAUGGCCGACGUCGAAGUGGAAGUCGUCUCCAGCGACACCAUCAAGCCCUCGUCGCCAACUCCGGACCAUCUCCGCCAUUACAAGCUCUCCUUCCUCGACCAGAUACAAGUCCCCGUGUUCAUGCCCUUGGUCCUCUUCUUCCCGAGGGACGAUGAUGUGUCGCUCGACGAGAAACGUGGCCGAAUCAGGCAGGCUCUGGCCAAGGCCUUGACCCAGUUCUACCCUCUUGCGGGUCGGGUCAGGGACAACCUCUACGUCGACUGCAACGACGAGGGCGCUUUGUACGUGGAGGCUAGGGUCAGGUGCGAGCUCUCGGAUAUCCUUGAGAACCCGGUCCCUCGGGUUCUGAAUAGGUUCUUGCCGCGCCAGAUCGACGAUGUGCAGGACUUGGCUGUGGCUGUUCAGGUCAACUUCUUCGAGUGCGGUGGCUUAGCCCUCAGCCUCUUGAUCUCCCACAAGGUCGCCGACGCCCUCUCCUACUUCACCUUCCUAAACAGCUGGGCUGCCACCGCCCGAGGCGACACAGAUAUCAUUGAUCCCUGCUUCAGCUCCUCCGAGCUCUUCCCACCCAUCAACCUCUCUGGCUUCCAGACGUCCACUGGCAUCGUCAAGGACAACAUCUCCACUAGGCGCUUUGUUUUUGAUGCCGCCACUAUCGCCUCGCUCCGUGAGCAGUUGACGGACCUCAACAAUGCUGCCGCUGCUGCCACCACCGUCGACCACCAGCGCUCCCGCCCAACCCGAGUCGAGGCCCUAUCGUCUUUCCUAUGGAGCCGCUACAUGGCGAGCACACAGCCCAUCGACACCAGAGGAGACAAGCUCUACACUGUGCUCCACGCUGUGAAUCUCCGGACAAGGAUGGAGCCGCCGAUGUCGGGGCACCACUUUGGCAACAUCAGUAGGUUGGCGAUUACGGUGCCCACCAAGGACGCUGUUGUGGACGGAGGCCACAAGAUAGUACACCAGGUGAGGGAAGCGAUCAAGCAGGUGGACGGGGAGCACAUAAAGAAGCUCCGGGACGGGGAGGGUUACCUGAACUGGCUAAAGGAGCGGUCGGCGAGGAUCUCGCAGGGCGAGGUGGUGUCGUUCAGCUUCACGAGCUUGUGCCGGUUCCCGAUCUAUGAGGCGGACUUUGGGUGAAAGCCCACCUGGGCCGGCUCGGCGAGCCUCACUUUCAAGAAUCUGGUUGUCUUCAUGGACACCAAGUCCGGCGACGGCAUCGAGGCCUGGGUCCACCUCAAGGAGGACGACAUGGCCAAGUUCGAGCAAGACAAAGAGUUGCUUGCGCUCGUUUCGCCUUCCGUGAGCGUCAAAAGUUGUGCAUUUUAGUUGGUGAAGUUGGCCAGAAAGGGUGGC